CAGAAUAUGCGUAUACACUUCAAGUAGAUGAAAAGAGUGACAUUUAUAGCUACGGAGUCGUAUUGAUGGAGAUCUUGAGUGGUAAGAGAUCUGUGGAUUCAGAAUUUGGGGAUGGGAAUAGCAUUGUGGAUUGGGUGAGAUCCAAGAUCAAGAUCAAGGAUGGAAUCAGUCAAAUUUUGGACAAAAAUGCUGGGGCAUCUUGUGCAUCUGUUAGGGAAGAAAUGAUACAAAUGCUUCGUAUUUCUCUGCUCUGUACCAGUCGAAACCCCGCAGAUCGACCAUCGAUGCGCGACGUCGUUUUGAUGCUACAAGAGGCCAAACCAAAGAGAAAAUUGCCUGAAAACAGCGAUGGCUGUGGUGGGGGUGCCAAUGGCCUUCUAGGCCAGAAGACGGUAGUUGAGUGUUAAUAUGAUAGCUUUUAAGGGGGUUUUUUUUUGGUAUUUUUCAAUUGGUGGGGAUUGGUAUAGGAGAAGUUUUUUUUUUUUUUUUUCCCUCUCUUCUAAUUUCAAAUCUACUUUCCAAUGGAAUUUCUUAGUGUUCUUGUGAAACUUUCUAAUGUACUUGCGACUCUGUUUCACUAUUUUUGCCUUUUCGAGCACAUGAAUUGAAGGGUUGAAUUGAAGGGUGUUUCUAUA